AUGUUAUUUUCGUUGAUAAAGUUCCUUUUAGUCAGCUCGUUAACUCAAUCAACGCCAAUCGAACAAUCAGUCCGAUUGAUGACAUACAAUGUCAUGCGCGGACGGUACAACUGUUAUGAAAAUCAAUUAAAAUCAAACGAAGACUUUUGUCGAGCCAAUCCAACAAGAUCUUUCGCUAUUCGCGCUGAUUUUGUUCGUACGAAUUUAGCUAACAUUGCUCAACACAUUCGCCAAUACGAACCUGAUAUCCUUGCCAUCCAGGAAGUUCAAGAAUCACCAUCUUCGGUACCGAAUGAACGGGAAGUGUCCACCGCAUCUUUUCUCGCUCAACAACUCGAUAUGACAUUCACAUUUAGUCCCACUUUAUUCGAUAACGAAGUUCAAAUGCAAUACGGAAUAGCGAUACUGCUAAAUCAUCGCAAAUUCAUCAUUCUCUCUGUGGAAAUUCUUUCAUUACCGCUCGGUCUCGAGCCACGAAAUGCUCUUUGCUUGACUAUUCAAUCUCGACAGCCGAACAUAACAAUGCGCACAUGUUCAAUUCAUUUGGAUCAUCAUGAAACUGACAAUACUAUUCGUUUACAGCAAGCAAACACGAUACUCAAUUGGUUAAAGAAAGGUUCAUACUAUCCCACGGUACUGUUAGGUGAUUUCAAUGCUAAUCGAACAUCACAAACAUUAAGGAAUUUAUAUGAAUAUUUCUUCGAUGAUCAAUCAAUCGAUGGUUCUCGACCGACAUGGUCUGACUGUGGUCAAGAAUUGAAGGACAAAAUCGAUUAUAUUCUCCUUGAUCGACGAUCACAGUGGAUUAUUGAAGAAUUCUUACAUGGACUGAGAAUGAAGAAAUUAUAUUCAUCUAUUGAUCUGACAAUGCUUUCUGAUCAUGUGCCUUUGUUUGCCAGAACGACUCUACGUGUAAAUUCUCAAUGA